CCUAGAAACAUGGCGGCCGCUUGACGGCAAAUAAACAAACACAAAUAUUCAAUUUUCUUGAAUGAAAUGUCCGAUUCCGAUGAUGAAACAACGACUGAACACCAACUGAAAUUUGUUUUAGUUGGUGAUGGCACAUCGGGAAAGACGUCAAUAGCUGUUAGAUAUACCUCAGAAAACUUUGAACAGGCAUACAAGCAAACAAUAGGACUGGAUUUCUUCUUAAAAAGGAUUGUUUUAGCAGGCAAUAUAAAUGUCUCAAUACAACUGUGGGAUAUUGGUGGACAGACGAUUGGUGGCAAAAUGAUUGAGACUUACCUCUCUGGGGCACAGGCUGUGCUGUUUGUUUAUGAUAUAACAAACCAAAGCACUUUUGAUAACCUUGAAGACUGGUGGGAGACAGUUAAAGGUAGUUUCAAAGGAAAGGAUUCUAAUGCAAUGCCAAGUUUUGCACUUAUUGCAAACAAAGGUGAUCUGGAACACAUGAGAGUUGUAAAGCAAGAACGUCAUGCAAAGUUUGCUCAGGAUCAUGGAAUGUCAAGUCACUGUCUUUCAGCAAAAUCAGGAGACCAGGUUAGACACUGUUUUCAGAAAAUUGCAGCAGAUAUGUUGGGUAUCAGAUUGACCAAGAAUGAAUUGGAAAAAACCAAUCAAGUUCUGAAAGCUGGUGUUGUUCAAUAUGCCAAUAAUGAGCUACCAGCCAGACCUGUGACACAACAGAAGAGCUCAUUUUGCACUUUACAGUAACUGUAAUAUAAGAACUUCUAAAUCCUAUUUAUUAUAACAUAUUUGUAAAUGAAUGGACAAGUAUUUUUUAAAAAAACUUUGUGUCUAGGUUUUAGAGUUGGACACAGUAGCAGUAAUAUUUAAGAUGUCAUACCUUGACUUCCUAGCCUACAAAAUUUGUCUAAACCUGGUAAUUUAGUGUAUUAAGUAUGUUAGAGCUAAAGUAAUAAAUAUUCUAAGACA